GAUACUUGAGGGGAUCAUGUUUGCCUAACUUCUCGAAACGACUGACGAGGUAGGCAGUCUAUAGCUGCCUGAAGACCUCCAUGAUGAGAUCCGGGGAUGUGUCUUGCUCUGAGCUAUUUAAUAUUUGAUGCUAUGGCGUCGAGGGAGAGCGAGAGAGAGAGAGAGAGGGAGGGCGAGAAAAGUACCAUGCAUCCACGCAUUCCCGUCUGCGCUUGUCCCGUUGGACUAAUGAGCUCAUCUUCUGCGAACAGCUGUUGUGUGACGCUUACCUUUGCCUUCGUCUGGUUCACCAGAAAAGUACGGAGUACUUCACUCACCCCGGUUCGAUUUCCUGCUGUCAGUACCGGGGACUUCCUUAGCCAACGCUGCCAAGUAAUACAGAAAUGGAGACCGAGGGAGAGGAGAGGGGGAAAGGUUUCAGAUCGCGCUGCAGAUGAGCCUCGAUGAAACCAGAUUCACGAAUCCCAGCCCUCACUCAUACCAUCCUGACCGGCGAGUUUGGUUUCUUUUCGCGAGCGUUGGGCUAUUGU